CAUAACUUCUCAAUUAGUGACUAAAAACAAACUAUACUACUGGAUUUCAGUGUCCGAACAUAUUCUGAGUGUAGUGUAAACAUAAAUAUUAGGUAAUAUUUGUUCUUGUGCAGUGUUUAUGUUCGUUACGCGGCGCCCGAUCCGUCCGGCGUGCUGGAGGGACGUCGCCCUCGAGGAUUCUUACUAGAGAUGAUGCGGAGAUUGGUGAUGCGAUCGACGGCCAGGUGAGAGGGUGGCGGGCGGCAUGGAUCACGCGGUGAAGGCCAUGACGGCGCGCGGACCGCUGGCCAGGCUGGUGACACGCCGCCGCUUUGAAUCCGCUGAGCUAGAGGAGCUAUACGCGCGCUAUGCUUGUAAACUUCAACGCAGCUCGGUCGGAUCGGCACUCGCGCUCUGGGCAGUCCUCGCUGCCGCGCUAGCUGCUGUUGAAGCAACUCGAGGUUGGCGGAGAGCCCCACAGGUUGGCGUAUUGAGUAUUCACGCUGUGCUGUGCAGCGGGUUGGCGUGGUGGUGCGGCCGGACUGAUGGUGUGGCACCAGAGAGACGGUUGCCGCGGGCAUGCUGGCUGGCCCUGGCUGGCGGGGGUGCGGUACUAGCUGCCACGCUGCCCGCCUGGAGCCCGGGUGCCGCAGCCGAGGGCGCUGUGCAUGUCGUCUGGGCUGUCUUCGCUGCCUAUGCUCUGCUGCCUGUUGGCGCUCCUGUCGCUGCCGCCUUUGGCAUUGUCUUACCAACAGUCCAUACCAUCGCCGCUGCGCUUGUUGCUCAUCGCUUUCCUUAUCACGUCUGGCAGCAGAUGCUGGGCAAUGUGGUCGUGUUCGUUUGUGUGAAUGUGGUUGGAGCUUUGAUGCACUCGCUGAUGGAAACCGCCCAGCGCAGAGCCUUCCUAGACACCAGGAACUGCAUCGCGGCGAGACUCGACAUGGAAGACGAAAACGAGAAAUUGGUAUGA